UUAAAUGUCAAUAAGAGCAAAGAGAAAUGUGGGAGAGGUCACAGAGAGUAAUGCUCUCUAUACCAUGUGAUGCAUAUAUAAAUAUACAAUUUUCCGAUCAUCACACUUUGCAGUGGGAACAAAUACGCUCGCCGUGUCCGUUUGCGCUCAGAAUAGCUUCGACCAACGAACGGCACAUUACGGUUUCGAUAAUCGCGGCGAGAAGAAAAUUGCGAAAAAUCGCAUAGAAUAUAGAGCAGCAGCAAAAAGAUUCUGCGGUGGGGCGGUGGAUUUUUGUGAUUGUGUGUGCAUAACAAAAAAGUGCAAUGCCGUAUCUCGCUGAGUAAACAAACAAAAUCCAAUUGAGCAUUUCAAUACGCACUCACACACACGUAUGUAUAUAUGUAGAUAUAUGCAUAUAGUAUCUAUCUGGUCAGUCGGUCGUUUGUAAAUACUGUGAACCGACCAUGGACAAGGUGCCACCGCCAAAACCGCGUCGCACGCGUCAAAAGCUCAACACAUCCCUCCACUAUGAAUCCUUGCCAACGGCGCCGCCUGCGAUGUGCGGCCGUGCCGAUGAGAACAUCUUUCAGUUUCCAGCCGUCGCGUCCCGUGCUCGCAAUCUGUCCGCAUCGCCCAAACAGUGUGCCGAGAAGGAUUUGCCCGUUUGCCAGCAUGGCAAGCACAGUUGCUACUUCUGUCAGCCGUAUCGCGCGGAUCGUGGCACAAUUGAGCCGCUCAAGAAUCGUCUGAACUCGGCCAUUGAGGCUAUGGAUCAGUUGACGCGCACAUAUGCCUUGCUAGAGGGAUUGCUGGAGCAAAAGCUGGCCACGAUUACCGACAAUGAGGAGGAGUCAGCGGCGGAGGAAGCGCCCGAGAGUGCUGCACCAGUCUCUCCGACUCUAGCGCCAGCGUCAUCACAAACUCCAAGUACAAGUACAGCGCCUACUCCAGUAGCCACUUCAACUCCAACUCCGACUCCAGCUGCUGCAGCCAAAGCGGAUGCGGAAUUUGAAUUGGAGCACUCGCUCACCUGGCUGGAGUCGCUCUUUGGCACUGAAGUGGUGCCGCCCAUCAAACAGGGCAAGUUCAAGCGCAUACGCGAGCGCAGCAAGUCCAUGAUGGAGGACGAGAUCAAUAUGUAUUUGAAGGGCGAUCGCCAACUAAAGAUGAGCUCUUCGCGUCCAUAUCUGCUGCGUCGCCAGAGCACCUACAGUGACAACAAAUCGAAGGUGUCCAAGUGGACCAAAGUAAAGGCGGCAUUCAAAUGGGAGCGCGCCAAUGUGCCACCCGCUGGGGGCCAAGAAGCAGGCACUCUGAUGCCCCUGAAUAUGGAGGUGGAGAGAUACUUAAAAGUGCCCAUUAAUACGGCGGGCGGCAGCAGCUCUGCGGACAGCAUCAUAAGCUCCUCAUCGGGACACUUUAUGAGCGAGGCGGGCGGCACACCAGGCACCAUCAGCUCGGCGAGCUCCAUGGAUGAGCUGCAUCAGGAGUCAGGCAAUCGACAAGCGAUGCGUCGCCACUCAUCGAAGAGCGUCACACACACGCCCAAUAUCGAGGUAGAGUUGCGUAAAUCCGCCACAGAUGAGCGUCUGGAUGCAGUAAAGGCGCCAACGAUGCCCAGCAAGUCUGCCUCCAACAAAUCAUUGCGCCGGUCGAAGGCUUUCUCCGACUUUGAAGUGUUGCCCGAGGAUCAUGAGGCGGACAUAAAGUCGACGUCAAGUCGCAGAAAUAAACUGCCGCCAAGUCCGUUGAAUCUCAAUCAUGUGUGCAGUGAUCUACCCCAAUUGCAUUCGCCGCUCAAAAGUCCUGGCAAGGAUGGCAUCAGUUGUCCUAUGCGGAUGCGACACGUCAGCUCACCAGGCAACAGCUCGGUGCCGAGCAGUCCGUCGCGUCACUCGGAUUUCUUUGGAGAAUUCGAGAGUGAGGAUCUGUCGAGCGGCGAUUUCUCGGAGCCGACAACGCCAAAUCAUCUGGAGUUCAAGAACAAGCAAAGCGAAUUCGAGCAAUCCGGUGCCAGUAAUCGCAGUGUCAAGCUAUGCAGUGGUGGUCCAGGCAGCGGUAGCGGCAAGCGGAGCAGUGAGGAGCAUUCACCAACGCAGCUGCUACACAGCGAAUUGAUGUCCACCGAAAAACUGGAGCAGAAUCUGACGCCCCAGUUCAAGAAGAAGCUUGCAAAAUGGCGCGCCAAACAACAGAGCUCCAAUUGCUAUGCCAACUCUGAGCCAGCGUCGAGUCCUACGGCCAAGAGUCAAAGUGGUGGGGAGCUAAAGCCCAAGAUCGAUUGGAAUCUUUGGAGUUCAGGUGCUCUUAAGCUGGAGGGUCAGGGUUUGUGUGCGCUGCCCGAUCAAAAGGAUUUGCCUGAGAAGUUCCAGAAGAAGUUGGAUCAAUGGAACCGCUUGAAAUGUCCGCCAGUUGGCGGCACAAAUUCCGACAAUGAUUCACUGAAACGUAGUUCGAAGCAUAAUCAGUCGACGCGACGCGGCUCCGAUGAUGAUCGUUGGUACAAACACAAGCCGCACGACAAAGAGAAAUUGGCGCGUCUAAAAGCCAUUGUGGCGCCGGAUCAUACGUCUAAGAAUAUUGAGGUAAAGACCUCCGAUGGCGAGGUGAUGAAAUUCGAGGGCAUUUCGCGCAAGUUCACACGAAAACUCUACGAAUGGGAAAAGGCACGCGGCAUUGGCCCAGAGGCAUCCACAUUUGCGUUGCUUCAUCCUGGCUAUUGUCCUAUUGACGUGCGACGCAUCAACAAGGAAUGUCAUAAGGCCACUGCUGAGCACUCUCCCACGUUGAGUCGCUCGUUGUCCUUGGAUAGCGUCGCUCCCAGUGUGAAUCAGGCACAGGUCAUUUCACAGCAGGCCUCAUCCUUAUCCCUCAACGAUGUCAAUGAGUUCAAGGAGUUGCAGGACUGCGCCGAUGUCACCGAUCAUGAGUUUAAGAAGUACGACGAACCCGAAGCGGUGAUGGUCGAGGUGGAGGAGCACAUCCAUGACACUGCCUCGCCGCUGGUCACCGCGCACACGUUGGUCGAACAACAGACGCCCAUCUACAAGUACGAGGAGGUGCAAUGCAAUGACUAUGUCAACUCGCGUCGCGUGCAAAGCUUCGAGUCGCACACGAAUCUGGCACCGCUUUUGGGGGCUUUGAAACGUGCCGAUGAGUUGUUUGCCCAACUGCGCGAUGCCUCGCCAGACAUUGUCGAGCAUGUCGCAAUGCGGGAUUGCCAGACGUCAUUGCUGAGCAUACGCAGCAUUUAUCCAUAUUACUCGAACAACCUGAUGAAGCCGAGCGUGCUCAAUGCCGUCUCCGAUGUCCAGAGCGAGCUGGGACGUCUAGCUGAGCUGUGCUUGAAGUCGCCACUGGACGAGGCAUGUUGCCAGGAAACGAUGCUGGAGCGCAACAACGAGUACACGGAGGAACUUCAGGGACUGCAUGAAUCUCUGCUCUGCUUAAAGUUGGCCAUUCAAGGCGGCUCGAAUCGUUAUCCACGCGACAUUGUGCCGGACAUUAAUAUCACGGAGGAUGGCCAGCAGCUGGAGACGAGCUCAUCGUACGCCACCUGCGAUGCCUCCAGUCGCGACUACCUAACUCUGGAGGAGCACAGCGCUGCCUCGCCCUCACCCUCGCCCAUGGAGCACGAGCAUGAGACGGAGACCAGCACCACAACCGGCACGCUGUGCCGCGCUAGCAAUGUGCUGGUAAAUGCCAAUGUGAAUGCGGCCAAGAAGAAGCUGCGACUGCGCAAGAUGGGAUCACGACAGAACAGCAAGACGGAGAGCGACAGCAGCGAUGCGGAUACACACAGUGUGCUGGAGACACCAAGACGUCUACGCCGUAAGAACUUCCGCCUCAAACAGCGCUCGCUGGACGAUGAUUUCCGCCUGAGCUCGUAUACGCCCGUUGCCUCCUCAGCCCCAAUCGAAACAGACGACAUCGUUUGCGGUUCGCUGAAAGUGAAGCCGGGCGAGCGCAUUGAGGAGACGCACAGCAUUGCCAGCAGCUUGCCACAGCCGGUGGCACAGCUGAGCGGCUUUGUGCCACCGCCUCUGCCCGAGCCACACACGCGCAGUUACAACACCAAUGCCAAUGUGUUUGUGAAAACGAAGCGAAAGCUCUUCACCACCGUUCCGGAGCCAACUGCUGCCGAGGGCAUAGUUUUCAUCGAGAAGGAGCUGGAGAGUCCCACGCACAGUCACGAGGACGCACAAUCAACGGGACACACUAAGCUGGUGGCCACUCCGCGUCCACUCAGUCUGUUCAAGUCCAUUAGCCUGGAGCGUUUGACGCCCCUGCGUCCCAAGGAGGAGUUGCGCAAAUGCCAAAGUGCCGAGCAGUUGCGACGCGUCUCCUUGCAGGUGCGUCCGCCUCUGGCCAGCGAUAGCAUAAAGCGUCUGGCGCGUUCCAAGCGUCAGCUGGCAACUGCAUCGGCUGCCACCUCGACCACGCCAUUCCCCCAGGUGCCGCCACGUCGUGCGCAUCUGUACAAGAAGAACUCACUGCACAAAUCCCAGAGCGCCACCGUGAGCAACAACAUUGAGCACAAGAUUGCCAAGACCAGCUCCGGCUCGACAAUGAGCAAAGCUUGCCCCGUCUCCACAUCGUCUUCGUCGUUGGUGUUGCCCAACAAGCUGGACAACACAUUGCCACGCAUACAACGCAAACUGGAGGGCAAAACACUGCUCACGCCCACCAAGCCUAAGCAGUUUGAGUUCCCACCGCCCAUGCUGGAAGCGGAACGUCCAGCGACGCCGCUCACAGAGCGUGCGCUGCGUCUGCAACAGGCCAAGGCACAGUUUCUGCAGAGUGCGCCAGUUACACCCCGACAGGAGCCGACGACACCAUCUUCAGUCAUGGCCAUCAACGAGGCGGCUGCAUCGCUCCACAAGAGCGUCAGCGUGGGCAGCAUGCGUGGCGACACCGCACGGUCCACGGAGCAGCUGCAGCAGCAGGAGGUGACCACAGAUCAGGAAAGCGUUAGCAACUCCAGCGCUUACGAUAGCUUGCCUCGCUCUGUGAGUCGCUCGGGACGCAUCUCUAGCAAGUUGGGCUUUGCCACGCUCGCCUCCAAGUUGCGACGCGGCGGUAAAAAGUCCAAGGAUCCGCCACCGUCUUCACCAGCUGGGCCCAUGGGCAGCGCUCUCUCGGCGCUGUGUCGUCAAACGCUGUUCGCCGAUGUGAUUGCGCUGCCGCAGGUCAGCAGCGGAGAAAGACCGCCACCCAGUCCCAACUCGGCCAGCUCCACGCGGAAUGUGCACAAGUCGCAGAGUUCUCCGCAGGCUGCAGUGACUGGGGGAUCGACGAUCAAUCUGCACGACAGCUACGAGGGGCUGAAUAAGUCGCUCAGCGAGCAAUAUGUGCGUCAGCUGAAGGAGAGCAAUGUCUAGUCAAAGCGCAAGCGAAAUACCUCUAAAUCUAAGUCUUCUCUAAGCAUAGCUGGGUCUAACAUGGCAGUGGUCAAAGAAGGUUUUAGUAAAGCGAAAAGUUGUUCAAUUUGGUUUAGGAACUUAAAGCGUACUACAUCUAGGACUAGUCUAAGGACUAGUUUAGUCACUACUUCAGAUACUUCACAGAAUAAAAGUUGCUAAAUUCAAGAAAUAAACUAUAAUUUAAAUACUAUACAGCAAAAAAAGAAAGUUGUUAAGCUC